CCCGUUUUAAAUUUCAAACCCCUCCCACCCACCUGCUCCUCCUGACCUCCUCUCCCCCCCUAAAAACCUCGAGCCUGCCCCGCUCCUCUCUCCAGCUGCCACGAGGCGCGGCUCCUCCUCGAAGCGGGCGGAACCCCGGCCGUGCGGCGGCGGAGGGAGGAGCAGGAGGAGGAGGAGGAGCGGGGGGAUGAUGGGGUGCCUGUUCGGCUGCUUCCGCGCCUCCGGCGACGGCGGCGAGGUGAAGGGCGGCGGCGACGGCGGCCAGCUCGUGCCUCCGUCCCUGGCCCCGGCGACGAGCCACAAGGAUGCUGCCGGGAGGAGGACGAGGCCGCCGUCGAGGAACGCGCUCUCCGCUGUGUUCCAGCGAGAAGAUGAGGGAUUGAGGGCGGAGCAGAAAGCGAGCUCGUGGGCCGACCAGGGCGAUUUGAGGAAGGGGAUGGAUCGGGAGCCUGAAUCCCAGGCUAUUAUCCAUGAAAGCUAUGGUGCACUGCUGGAAGCUACAGAUGCAACCCAAAGAGAGCCCAAAAAUGCAGAUUCAGUUCAUCAGAAAGAAACACAUUCAGGAUGUCUUCCUGCCAUGUCUGAUGAUGUGCAUUUCAUGGAAGCCCUGAAGGUUGAGAAUUGUGAAACUCCUAGGUCUCAUCAGAGCUCCACUGUACCUGAUGCAAUGAGUUCAUCAAAAACAAAUGAUGAGUUGCAGUCUUCAUCUACUUCCCUUGCAAAUAAUUUGGAAGAGUUGACAAAUGAGAACAAUACUGAAGAAUGUGGGGUAUCAAAAGAAGAAUUCUUACAGCCUGAACAAUCAGAGGAGGAUCCGAAGUGUGCAAAGAAUGACAAUGUGGUCGCCAUGGAAAUCUCAAUAUCUGAUGAAUGUUCCCUUUUCCAGAGCUCCGAGGGUUCUAUAUCAUCCUCUAACAAGAUAAGAGACAGUGUGAACACAAAAUCUAUUGAGAAGUCCCUGGAAACUGAGUCAAUUAUUCAUGCCACCGGAAAGAAGGUACUGAAGAACAAUGAUUUAGAACUGGAGCUCCCAAGCUUAUCCCAUUGGUUAAAGCCUCCAAAUCCUAAGAAGCCAUUCAGAGAUGAGGCCUUGACGGGUGACAGAUCAAAUUCAGCUAAGAGUUCGGAUGAGGACAGGCCUAUUAUUGGAAUGGUUGCAGCACACUGGAAAGAUAAAGAGCCAGAAAAUUUUACUCCUAAAUGGUUUGAUGGAAAUGGCAUCCCCAAUUCGACAAAUAAGUACAAAGAAGAUCAAAAGGUGAGUUGGCAUGCAACGCCAUUUGAAGAGAGGCUUGAGAAGGCUUUAUCUGAAGAGAAGUUGCUCUCUGAAAGGAACUGCUCGAGUGGAAAGACAUCUCAGUUUUUGGGAGUGGAAGGCGAGGAGAGUGAUACUGCUGAAUCUAACCGUCUAUAUGCUGCUGCUUAUGCAUGAAAAUUCUGUGCUCCACGAGUUACAGAAGCUUUCAGUAUAAUGUUUCCUGCUGUCAUGCUCCUUAAUGAUGGCAUUUGCACAGCCCUGUGUCCUUCAGUAGGUAGCAUCCAGAUGUGAUGUUUCAGUUGAUUGCUUUGUGCUUAACUCAGUGGUUUAAGAUAAAAUCAACAUUGAUAUAGUUGCUGCUGUGGUUCACAAGUAUUUUUGGUAGCUUCUAUUGUUCUGUU